GGCGGGAAACAAAGGUUGAAAUAUGGUAAGUGAGCAGUGUGGGACCCAAUUGGGAUGAAGCUGUGAUGAGCGAGUACUAACGCUGGCGCAGUUUAGAAACAACUACGACGGUGACACGGUGACCUACUCACCAACGGGAAGAAUAUUCCAAGUAAGCAUAGUGAAGCAUUGUAAAUUGAAGACAGUGGACAGCUAACUAACGGUUUCCAAUCACACAGGUCGAGUACGCUCUCGAAGCUAUCAAGCAAGGCUCAGCAGUGGUUGGUCUUGCUACGAAGGAUGCGGUUGUCCUUGCUGCUCUCAAAGUGAGUUGAUAGAGCCCCGUGGAGGGGCUCCCCCUUCCAAGGUACUGUAUGUACGGUAGACUAACAAGCAAUCAGAGAAACGCCGAAGAGCUGUCUUCGUAUCAGAAGAAGAUUAUUCAAAUUGACGACCAUAUGGGUAUAGCUCUUGCGGGCCUUGCACCAGAUGCCCGUGUCCUGUCGAAUUUCCUGCGUGAAAAGGCGAUGAACCAGAGAAUGAUCUUCAACAGACCGCUCUCCGUGGAGAAAGCUGCCGAUUUACUAGCCUCAAAGGCUCAGAAGAACACCCAAGGGUUCGGUUCUAGACCGUAUGGUGUAGGUCUCUUAGUUGUCGGGUACGAUGAGACUGGCGCACAUCUCUUUGAGUUCCAACCUUCGGGUCAAUCGUUGGAGUACUUUGGUUGCGCCAUUGGUGCAAGAUCCCAAGCUGGUAGAACAUAUCUCGAGAGAAACUUUGACGAGUACAAGACUUCGACAAGCGAGGAGCUGAUUGUACACGGAUUGAAGGCGUUGAGAGAGACCCUGCAACAGGAUAAAGAGUUGAACUCGAAGAACACCAGUGUGGCCGUCGCCACGAAGGAUGGGUUCAAGAUCUAUGACGAUGAGGAGGUGCAACAGUGGUUGGAUAAGUUGGAUACACUAGGAAACGCCAGAGACGAUCAGGAUGAUAAUGAUGAUAACAACAACGAUGAUGGUGAUGAUGAUGAUGACAGUGCACCAAAGAAAGAAGAAGAAGAAGUUAAAGAUGAAGACAAAAUGGAAACAGAUUGAAAACUACGUAUCAAUAGAAUGGUAGACGGGGGGAAUCAGGAUAAUACAAUUGAAUCUUCACCAACAGAUAUCUAUC